AUGUCAACACUCAACUGUCAGUGUCACAGUUGUCAAAAACCUUGGGUUGCAUAAUUUUCCGACCGUCUAAAAUUGCAUUUUGAACAUUUGUAUCGCCAUAAAUCCAUUAGUAAAACUCUUGCAAGCAUCAUGUUCGCAUCCCGCAACUUAGGAGCUGUGAUCCGGGCGGCUGGUGCGCGGCAGAAGCACACUCUGCCGACCCUGCCCUACGAGUAUAAUGCGCUGGAGCCGGUGAUCAGCCGCGAGAUCAUGAGCCUGCACCACAGCAAGCACCACGCGACCUACGUCAACAACCUCAACGCCGCUGAGGAGAAACUCGCCGCGGCACAGGCUAAAGGAGACAUCUCAACGAUAAUUAACUUGGCUCCUGCUCUCAAGUUCAACGGAGGAGGCCACAUCAACCACACUAUCUUCUGGCAGAACCUGUCACCUAACGGUGGAAAGCCAACUGAUGCCCUCACUAAAGCCAUUGAACAAAACUUCAGUUCCUGGGAGAACAUGAAGAACCAGCUGGCGGCGGCGUCGGUCGGCGUGCAGGGCUCCGGCUGGGGCUGGCUCGGCUACAACAAGCAGAGCAAGAAGCUGCAGAUCGCCACCUGCCUCAACCAGGACCCGCUGCAGGCCACCACCGGCCUGAUCCCGCUGUUCGGCAUCGACGUGUGGGAGCACGCCUACUACCUGCAGUACAAGAACGUGCGCGCCGACUACGUGAAGGCAAUCUUCGACGUUGCUAACUGGCAGGACGUGUCGGCGCGUUUUGAGCAAGCUAUGAAGUAGACUGAUGGAUCUGUUGGGUCACUGUACUGAGGGAAAACGAACUGACG